AAUUUAUAAACCAUUUGUAAAUUAAUUUGCAAAUGGAGGCUUAUAAAAUAAUCUUUUUAAGCUCAGCGAAUUCUGUAGAUGUAGACGUCUCCAGGCACUCCCGCUCCAAAUAUCUCCAGUGCAAACUUAAAAGUCGCACUAGCACAAACUAUUUUCUGCAGUUCAAAAUGGAGUGAACUGUAAAGAAAUUACAGGAUAGAAGCCGUUCCAAUAUGGCAACUGUCACUAUAUCGUACAUCCAGGCCCAGGUGCCAAUUCACAUCGUUUUCUUAGUCAGUAAUCAACUGUCAAUUUUUCCCCCCUACGCCGCGGCCGUUACAAUCGACACCUCCGCCGCAGCCUUCAGCCUUCACCCGCCACAGUGGACUCUGCUUCGAUUAAAAGUCCGAAAUACACACACACUCUCUCUCUCUCUCUCUCUCUCUCUCUCUCAUACCUAUUAUGGAGACUCCGAACGGGUAUGUGGCAUACAAACAGUACUCCUCCUUUGCUUCUUCCCAGAGAGAAGUCACUUACAGCUGUCGUACUUGUGGAUACAAUCUAAACCUGAGCUCAUCCAGAAGGAAUACGUCAACUAUUGGUUCCAAAUAUUCAAAAUCCAUAAGGAAGGGGAUCAUUACAUUUUUCUUUGUAGAUCAAAACAAAUUCAAUCAGGUUGAAGAGUUCAGUUGCGUACCCUACUUCAUUUCCAAGCACUCUUGGGGUUUAUUCCGAUGGAAAACCAAACUUUUGUGCCCCAAAUGUAGUAACCACACUUAUGAUGAUAAUGCUUAUUCUUAUCCUCUUAUGCCAAAAGAUAGGAGUUCGCCCUCUGGAAGUGAAAUCUCCAAUCCGAGAAAAUAUGAUAUCAGAAUUCGUUCUUUGCAACCUUCUGCAGAAUUUGGGGCUCUGUCUUGUGAUGUCUCCGUGAAGCAUUAGUAACAUAUGCAAUCUUUUUCUGAUUUUUAUGCUGUCCAUAAAAUACCGUCUAUUGUUAUUAUUCAAAUUAAUGCUCUAUCACGAAUGAUUCAUAGCUCCUCAUGCAACUUAUCUGAUUGUUCUGCCUACGAAGUUUAGGCAUUUUUUUUACUGGGAAUGUUGUAAAUAUUUCUUAUGUUUAUUUGGCUUUCUUUUGCUCCAUGAAAUAUUAUUAUUCGUGUAUAUGAAUCACAUUGUGACUGGAA